UAGUAAAAGUUCUUUUGCAGCCAGUGCACGUGGUACAGUUUCAAUGUUACGUUUUGUAUAGUUUACAAAAAAUAAAUAUAUGUAUCAAAUGUGUCGCUUAUUGUUUAUAUUGAUCUUUGCUGGUGGGAUCGCCCGCGCGAUCAGUUUAGAAGUAAACUUCCAGGAAACCUAUCCCACACACUUCCUGAACUCAGAUCAGACAUCGCUUCACAAACGGGCUGCUGAUGCGCCUCAGUUUUUCGACCAAGCUAGCUUUAGUUUCGAUGGACUAACACGAGUGGCCUCCGUGCCGGUGCCCUUUCCCCUCGACAUUUGCGUCCUCCAACUGCCCACGGUCAAGUACGCUACGGCUUUGCAUAAAAAUACCGCAGGACUGCGUCACUUUGCCGUCUAUAUCUGGCGUCCAGCUGAGCAAGACUUCCAGCUCCUCGUGGAAUUGGAAACACCUAGAGCGGUGGCACUGGAUUGCCUGGCCUUCGCUGGACGUGGCUACGUUGCAGUGAGUUACAAUCUUACAGAACCCGUAAGUCAGGCCCGUGAAGGAUCACCCAUCUAUGAGAUUUCCCCGGAAACAGGAAUACGGACAGUGCAAUAUUUUUCGGGAACCCAUCUGCGGGGAAUGUACCUUCGGAUCAGUAGCCAGGAACUUACCCUACUGCAUGCUUUUGAAUCGGGAGCUCAGUGUCCCUAUUUCAAGUGGAUGGGCAAGAGUUUCCAGAAACUGGGUGCGAUUCGCUGCAGCAAUGCUCGAAGAAUGGAGGCCUUCGGCAUCGAAUUCACCGACUAUGUGGCCGUAGCCAACUACGCAGAUUCAGAGGGAAGAACUGCCACCCACUCAGAGAUUUUUAGAUGGGAUGCCAAGUCCCAAAGAUUCCAGCUCUUCCAGCGACUGCGCAGCAAUGGAGCCGUGGACGUAAAGUACUUUAGUCUCCCAGUGAACGAGGUCAGCCGCAGGCACUUUCUCAUCCUAGGCAACACAUUUGGCGGAACUGGCGCCGAGGUGGGCGAAGCAGACACCGUGAUCUAUGUCUUCGAAAAGGGGCAGUUUGUGCCUUAUCAGCGAUUGAGUUUCUAUGCAUUGGAGAGGGUUCUGCCAGUUCAGCACUCAAUAUCGGAGAAGUUCCUACUCCUGGUUGCUUGUAGUAAACAGGAUGUCAAGAUCUAUAACCUCAACGACUGGAGAUUCGAGAAAUCUAAGGUGCAGUUCACUGAGGGAGCUUUAAGUCGUGGUGUGGCACGUAUGAGAAGCUAUGAGGAGAAGGAUCAUAGCUUUUUGGUGAUUGCGAAUGAGAACAUGGCUGCCAACGAGACAAACAUCUUCCAGCCUCUCUACAAACAAGAUGAGCAUGCCAACAUACUCCGCCAGCAAAUCAUUGACUGGGCUCGGGAGCAAAGAAAGCGUUUGGAGCAAGUAAAUGUAGAGCAUCUUUUAAAAAGACUGGAAGACAAGUUAAAGCACCGGGAGGAGAAUCUGAAAUUGUCGGUUAUCAAACUAGUGAACGCCAAAUCGUUCGAGGAUAAGCACAUGAAGCUCACGCCUAAUUACUGGAAGGCUUUAAAGUUAACCAAGCAGGCCUUGGAUAAAAUCGAACAAAAAGCGAUUUCAGCAGGUUCCAGACAUCCCAAUAAGAGAUCCGUUGGUCAACCAAAUGAAGAACUCAACUUCGAUGAAGUCACGGUGGACACUCUGGUGGUGCACGGCACAGUUAAAGCAGACCAUAUCAAUGGAGUUGAUACGAGGAACCCUGUUUACGACUCCGUGACUGCCAAUAACGUUUAUGUAAGCGCGAAAUACACCGAACCCGCCGGAAAACAAAGAAAACCUUUGCUGGAGGAGUUAAAAGUGAAGGAUCUGCAACUUGGAGGGCGACUGAAUGGCCUCAAAUGGACAGAACUUUUUGAUCUCACUUUAAAACGCAGCAACAAAGAUGUGCAGUUUAUCAAGGCAACUGUAGACUUGGAUCAUCUUAAAUCCGACGCUGUCCAAGUCAAUAGCAACGAGAUUAACGAUCGCCCGUUGGGACAGCUUAUACCAGUGGAUAGUGGCGACUUCAUUGUCCAACACGAUGUUCAGUUUUCCCAACCAAUUCAGGUCAACCGGCUGCUCAUCAACCAGCGACUUAAUCACAUCCACGUCGAUCGUCAGCGCUUUGAUGUCCUCACCAAGCAGGCAAAUCACACUCAAGUCAUCGAAGGUGCUGUUCGAUUCGAGAAUGUUCGCGUAAUGGAACCGAUUACCAUUGCGGGUCAAAUUAUGGGAGCUGAAUUAAGAGCGAUGUCACCGGCAAAAGUUACCCACAAAUCGCUCCAACUAAAUGGUGAUUUUGUUAUCGACGGCGAUGUUACCAUCGGACGGCUACUGCAAAUGAAAGAUUUUGUGGACGAGUCUACUCAGAAAUCCGCAGCAGAAGCAUUGAGUCGAAGCAUGCGAUUGGAUGAACCUUUGGAGGAUGUGAGUCUCAACUUUGUGGAACCUCUUAUUGCUAACAAUACCGAGCUAAGCUUCCUCAACACAAGAGAUCUGCAACAUUUGGUUAAACUGAACGUUGGUGAAGUGCAGUUGGUGGAGGCCAGUAAAAUAUUUCCGCAGAAUGUAGAGAUUGUGGAUGGGUUCGGUGAGAUUAAAUGGCUAAAUGGGAUUGAUACGGAAAGCCUCCCGGAAGUGCUACUCAGCAAGAGUGGCAACCAAACUAUUUUGAGUACAAUUCAAUUACAAGGCGUGGAAACGAACCAGGUCACUUCAUCGCAUAUGUUAUUAAAUGUGCUGGGAGUUGAGGAUUACCUUCAAGCUGGUCAGGAUCAAAAGUCAAAUGGAACACUGUAUAUAGAUAGCCUGGAUGUGUGGAAAAUGAGCGUGGAUGAUCUGCACCUAAAUGGCCAUCUCCUUGGGCAAACACUGUCGUCCAUCUACGAACAUGGAAGCAAGUCCCUGGACAGCUGGCAUCUGCCACCCAACUUCAAAGGCACCCUUCACGCCCAAAACCUGUGGCUUAGUGACAGUAUUAACAAAGUGAAGGUGAUCCAAUUGGAGCAGCAGUUGCAGCAACUAGCGGGCAACAUCAAAUACGUUGGCGACUUUACGUUUGAGCAUGAUGUAAACAUUAGUUCCCUCACCUUUCAAAACAGUCUAAAUGGAAUUGAAGCUUAUAAAUUUGGUAGUUGUUGGUUGGAAAAUGAGGGCGACCAGAAUUUCACAGCCCCCCAGGAGCUGGCUUCUGUGGAUAGCCAAAGAGGCCUCUGGCUAAAAGGGCAGCUCAACAACCAUUCCUUAGAAGAUCUGGAGAACCGAAGCUACAGGCUCAGCGCACCGGAGCACCUGCAAUCUAUGCGAUUUGCGAAUCCCAUUGUUUUGCAAUCGGAGCUAAAAUUGGGUCAUUUAAAUUUACUCCGCGUCCCAGAGGACGUCAUUUACCAUAAUGGUGGAGGUUACAUCUCUACUCCAGUUAGCAUAAGAGGAAACCUAGAGGCAGCCGAAUUGUCUAACAUAACCAGCCUGAAUGGGUAUCCUUUGGAGGCGUUGGAGUUGUAUUUAACUAAACGAAAUGUGCAAACAUUUGUAGCUGAAAAUGUAAGGUUUGGCGGAGAACCCUCUUAUCACCUGCUAAAUGGACACACUCUGGGAAACCUCCUAGAUCAGGUGUGGCUGGACAACGAGCAAAUUGAUUUGGGAGAAAUAAGACUGGAAUCUGGACAAUUUGAAGGCCUGCUGGAAUUCCAAGGACCCAUAAACGGGCACCAAGUGGAAUACAUCAGACGUAACUACUUCAGCCGGACGCGUAGCAAUCUGCUGAAAACUCCCCUGAGCUUCCAGCAUGACGUCACGUUCACCCAGCCUCCUGUAGCCGAAUACGUAAAACUUCGACGUGGCGGCAGCGACGUUUUAAUGGAGAGCUCCAGUAGCAACUUCUCUCUAGAUUUUGAUGAUUUUGUAGCUCACUCGUUGAAAACAGCCGGAUCUCAUUCUAUAAGUGGAAAAUGGGAACUGACAGAGGGCUUAGUUUUGGGAAAUUUGAACCAUGUCAAGAUAAAUAACUUAAACCUAGCUAAUGAUGUCUUGAGAAUACCUCAUUACAAUGACAGUGGCAAUUCUCCAAUGAUAAUCGAUGCACUGAAAACCGUCCAAAGCUCCAUUAUAAAUCGCCUUCAUACUACCGCUGAAAGCCAGGUGGCGGAGGUCCCGGUGACCAAGUGGAUCAAUGAAGCAGCCUACCUAUACUUGAACCACAGCAUUGCUGGCACUACCCGUCUGAAUAAUGUUAACCUCUACAAUGAUCUUACCGUGAAGGGGCCUGUAAAUGGUGUCCUCUGGCAGACGGACACGCUCAUUUUGAUGGAUAAGGAGCAGGAUGUACCGGGCUCCCUGCUGGUAGCGAAUAGUUUCCCCGAGCAGCAGCGAGUUAUGAGCAAUAAUGUGAAGAAUCUCUGGGUGGACUUCGUCAACGAUCUGCCAGUAAACGAGUUUCUAGUCAGCAAGGCAGAAAACCGCCCCAAUCUUCAUGUGGAGAGCCAACUGAUCUUCACACAGCCACUAACUGUGGGUCACUAUGAUUCGGGCAACGGAAAUGGGUUCCUGGAUAAUUAUUACAAAAAAAAGCGGGGUGUCAAAACGAAUGACAUUCAGGAUUGGCAGCAACUUCAGGAAAAUGUGGCAGCAAUCAAGAAGAGAUUGACCAAGCCGCCUAAAGUGCUGGAAGGCUUUUCUGUGCUGCAGCAAUUGUCUCAUAAGGCCUCGCAUAUGAAGAUCAUCUCCUUGGACAACGAUGACGUCCUGGCCAUCUGGGAGCAUACGUGGAAUAAAGUAGUCUCGUACACCUGGCAACCGGAUAAACAUCUUUUUGGCGAAAAUUCAAGCUUAUUCACACCGACAGAGCUAAAGAACACAAACUUGGAUCAAAGCGCUGAGGAUUCACAAACCCCAAAGAAACUACAUUUCAGAUCAUAUGGAUUUCAGUGCCGGGCACUACAAGAAGAAAACCAGGUAGUAAUCCGAUGCCUAGAUAAGCAGAACAAAAGCAGGAAAGCAAUCUUGCCCAGGCGGGCAGUAAAACAGUUGUUGGCGGUCGCCGAUUCAUAUGAGAUGCCCAUUCUAGUUAGUUCUCCCAGAGCGGUGGAGCUUUGGAAAUGGACUAGCGGCGAUUACUCCCUAUCGAGCAGGCUGAUGGAUGGGCAGGUGGAGCAAAUGGAGCUUAGUCAAGGAGGUGCUGGCAUGGAGAGCGGAUAUGUGGCACUCAUGGCUUCAUCGCCAGCAGCAGAGAUUCGGAUUUACAGCUUCGACAGCACAGACACGAGCAGUUUCCACCUGGACCAAGUCCUCGAACUCCAGGACGCUCAGCAGUCGCGGGUAAUGCGCUUUAUGCAUCUGCCAGAAUCCAAUGAUCUACUGCUCUGCGUGUCCAACGUCCUGCCACAGCAACCGCUUAGCAUCUACCAGCACCGCGGAGCAGCGGGAUUCCAGCAAAUCCUCGGCGACAGUGCCUUGCCAAAGGGUCAUGCCUUGGAAGUGCUCCAGCUGCCCAGACACAAGCUUCGACUGCUGUCCAUGGCCACGCAGGAGGCAGUCUACUUGCUGCAGCCGCAGUUUACCACACUUUAAGUCACUUGUUUUGUUUGUUUUUUCUAAAUAAAAAUUACUUUUUAUUAACCGUA